CUCGUGACCGUGUCUGUUUUCACUUCACCUUCAACGUCACACUAGUACUGCUCCGAGCUCACCACCAGCUGCAACCCUCACAAGUGAACCAUGACGAGUCUUUGGCUUGUUUUUGCUUUGGCGUCUGUAACUUCAGCUUUUUACUUGACCAUACAAGAUGAGUUUCACUUCAAGUCCUGGAUGGCACAGCACAACAAAGUGUACAGCACGGAGGAGUAUCACCAGAGAUUCAGGACAUUCACAGAGAACAAGAAGACAGUCGACAAGCACAAUGCAGGAAAUCAUUCUUUUACAAUGGCACUGAACCAGUUUUCAGACAUGACAUUUAAUGAGUUUCGAAAGUCUUUCCUCUGGUCUGAGCCACAGAACUGCUCUGCUACCAAGGGAAACUACCUCAGUAGCAACGGACCAUAUCCAGACUCCAUUGACUGGAGAAAGAAAGGAAAUUAUGUGACACCUGUAAAGAAUCAGGGAGGCUGCGGUAGUUGCUGGACUUUUUCCACGACUGGCUGCUUGGAGUCUGUUACUGCUAUUGCCACUGGGAAGCUUAUACCUCUGUCAGAACAACAGCUGGUAGACUGUGCUCAGGAUUUCAACAACCAUGGAUGCAAUGGCGGUCUUCCUAGUCAGGCUUUUGAGUACAUCAUGUACAACAAGGGCCUGAUGACAGAGCAGGACUACCCAUAUACAGCUGUGGAAGGUAACUGUGUCUAUAAGCCAACACUAGCUGCUGCAUUUGUAAAGGAAGUGGUGAAUGUAACAGCGUAUGAUGAGAUGGGCAUGGUUGAUGCUGUCGCCAAACACAAUCCUGUCAGCUUUGCCUUUGAGGUGACCUCAGACUUCAUGCACUACCACCAGGGUGUCUAUACCAGCACUGAAUGCCACGACACCACAGACAAGGUGAACCAUGCCGUGCUAGCUGUCGGCUAUGGACAAGAGAAUGGUACACCUUGCUGGAUCGUUAAGAACUCAUGGGGAUCCAGCUGGGGCAUUGAUGGAUAUUUCCUCAUUCAACGUGGAAAGAACAUGUGUGGACUAGCUGCCUGCUCAUCUUUUCCAGUGGUGUGAUUUUGUUACAUGAUGUCCAUCAGUGGAAAAAACGAAGCAUUUAACUUUUUAUCAUACAGGAUGCUGUGUUACUUGUUGCAUCCAUUGCCUGUCUUUUGAUUGCAGCAGAUUUUUUUUCUGGAUUUUAAACCUCUAUUAAAACUCUUUGCUAUGAUAGAUCAAGUCAUAUCCAGAUUUGUACUUUUCACAAUCAAAAUUAUUACUUCAAUGACAAACUGUUGUGAUUAAAUUUUGCAAAUAAACCAUUUUAAAUCUUAA